AUGGCCGGGAACAUCUCCGGAGGGAUGACGUGGGCAGAUCUGUGGGACAGCACCCCCGACAAGCCGUUGCCGGCGUCGGUGGCGGAGGAUACGAUGAAGGGAGAGGACGGCUGCAAGCGGAAGCAGCAGGGGGGGAAGAAGGCCAAAGCCGGACCUUUGCAGUGGGUUAAAGCCCUUUGCCAGAAGAAAUCCCACAAGUGA